AUGUCACCCUGCCCGUGGGACGCCCUGGGUGCGGUGCUGCUGGUGCUCGCACAGGGCUGGGCCCGAUCCAUGAGCCAGGAGUACGACUACUACAGCUGGCCGUCAGACAGCUUCCAGCAGGGACGCUUCUAUACCAAGCAGCCACAGUGCACGGACAUCCCAGCCGACCUGCAGCUCUGCCACAAUGUGGGCUACAAGCGCAUGCGGCUCCCUAACCUGCUGGAGCAUGAGUCCAUGCCCGAGGUCAAGCAGCAAGCCAGCAGCUGGGUUCCCCUGCUGGCCAAGCGAUGCCAUUCGGACACCCAAGUGUUCCUGUGCUCCCUCUUUGCACCCGUCUGUCUGGACCGACCCAUCUACCCAUGCCGCUCGCUGUGUGAGGUUGUGCGGGACUCCUGUGCGCCGGUCAUGGAAUCCUAUGGCUUCCCCUGGCCCGAAAUGCUCAACUGCAACAAAUUUCCCUUCGACAAUGACCUGUGCAUCACCGUGCAGUUUGGAAACAGCCAGGCUACUCAACCACCAGUAUCAAAGAUCUGCACCCAGUGUGAGAUAGAGCACAAAGCUGAUGGCAUAAUGGAGCAGAUGUGUUCCAGUGACUUUGUGGUGAAGAUGCGCAUCAAAGAGAUCAAGAAGGAGAAUGGGGAAAGGCGACUGGUGGCUGCCCAGAAGAAGAAGAAAUUGCUUAAAGUGGGACCACUGAAACGUAAGGACACCAAGAAGCUGGUACUGCACAUGAAGAAUGCAGGUACCUGCCCUUGUCCCCAGCUGGACGACCUCAGUGGCAGCUUUCUGGUGAUGGGCCGCAAGGUGGGUGGGCGGCUGUUGGUCUUGGCCAUUUAUCGCUGGGAGAAGAAAAACAAGGAGAUGAAAUUUGCUGUUAAAUUCAUGUUCUCCUACCCCUGUUCCAUGCAUUACCCAUUUUUCUAUGGGACAGAUCCCCAUUGA